UGGCAUUCAAACUCAAAAGCCCGCCACCAAUACUCAUCAUCCCCACCACCCUCCACCAUUCAAAAUCUUCUUCCCUUUGCUUUUCUACCUACUACGACUACUACUACUACUAACUGUUCUUUUUAUCCUUAAUUUCAAAAUUACAACACUUUUUUCAACUCUCCUUUCUCCUUCUUCUUUCCUCUCCUCAAUCAUUAGUUCCCGACGAUUCUUGUCUGAACAACGGUUUCGUUUGAUCAGACACAUGAAGCCCUCGUCACCAUUAUCUUCGGUCUUCUUUCCAUCUUCGUGUAAUGCCCAUGAAACCCUGUCGACUUCCACGAACGGGAGAACAUCGGCAGGGUGUAUAGCUAGGGUUUUGCGACGUAUUCUUUGCUUUACUAGUCUCCCGUCAUGCCCUUUCGAUCACUUUAAAGAGGAUGAGAAGAAGAAAGAUGGUUUGCUAGUUAAAAGGGCGGAGACCCCAGGAAUAGUGGCUAGAUUGAUGGGAUUGGAGUCAAUUCCAGGUAUCGAUCGGAUCGAGCAAAGCCCAUCUGCGAAUUCAUCCAAGAAACCAAGAUCACCACAAGUGAGGCGUCAACGGAUCAUUCCAACCUACCAAGAACUGGAAGAUGACAACUUCUUCAUUCUAAGCUUCGAACAUGGAGGUGUUGACAGGCAUGAAUUAUCUCCCGUCGGACAGAGGAAAUCGCGUGCGAGUUCCGAUAGAAUGAAGAAAAAAAAGAGCAUGAGAAGGAGAGAGAGUCCCCAGGAGCAGGAUAAGGAAAAUGAAUUACGAGUACUACACGUGCUUCCGAAAGAGAAUUCGGAUUCAGUACCUAAAAUCAGGACCGGAAGUGAUUUCCAGGCUGAGAAUACAAGAAACGUACUUCGUCCAUUGGAGAAUUCCUGUCAAAAGUCCGACAUAUCAACGACGAACAAACGUACAAAACAAGAUUAUGGCUUGGGGACAUUAAUCAGCUGUGAAACUGAAGGCGAAUCAGAAAAUUCCAGUCCGAAUUCUGUUCUUGAGUUUGUGGAUUUUCCAACUGAUAUUCAGGAAACUGCUUGCUCAGGGAACAUUUCAAGAUUGGCAAAUUCAAAAAUGAGGAGGACACUGUCUGAGGAGCUUGAGAACUGUGGAAAGUCCAAUGAGAAAAAGCUGAUGAACAGUGACAGCAGAAUAUGGCACAGACAUCAAGAAAAGUGGGAUGAAAUAGGGAAGUUGGCUGCAAUGGAAAUGGUAGAAUCGAGUUGGGUACACGACGAGAUCAGGAAAAGCAAGCAUUAUUACAAGGAGAUUGGCAGAGAUUUUGCAUCACAAAUUCUUCAUCGGCUGUUGGAUGAGCUGCUGUUUGACUUGACUUAGAUCAAUUUUGACACUUUGCACUACAUCAGAGUUUUUUUUCCUUUUUUCUUUUGAUUAAUUUAAUUUAGAAAUAUACAACCUUUUUUUUUAUCUCUUUGUUUUUGGGGGGAGGGGGAGUUUCGGUUGUAUAUUGAGUUUUUGAAUGAGUAUUUAAAUCACAAAGCAAUGUAUAAUAUUAUGGCUUUAGAUGUUAGCAAU